AUACUAAUUGUUACCAAAUAUGUAGGCAGUGAAGAAAUAAAUAACAUUCACGCGUAUGACAAGAAGUACCACUUUGGGGAGAAUUCUCUGGAAGCCUUGGAGGAAAAGACGAAACAGCUGCCAGAUACCAUAAAGUGGCAUUUCAUAGGAAAUCUGCAAUCAAAGAAAUGCAAAGUGUUGGCAAAUUUAAAAAAUCUCCAUAUGGUGGAAUCGCUAGAUAAACAAAAAAAAGCCACCCUGUUAAAUAAUUAUUUAAAAAGUAUAAACGAAAAUGAACAGAGAAACAGUGACCAGGUAAAAAAAAUCCGUGUGCUUAUGCAAAUUAAAACAACAGACGACCCGAACAAAACAGGCAUUGCACAUAACCAAUAUGAUGAUAUUGAAAGCACCAUUCUGUACAUUAUCAACAAUUGUGAAUUUCUAAUUUUUAAGGGACUCAUGACCAUUUCCUCGUUAGAAAUUUCCAAUAGGGAAAACUCCUUCGUAAUUUUGAAUGAUAUAAAGAGUAGACUGCUAAGCAAUACAGUUAUUCGUGAUUACUUUCGUGACAGAAAAUUUCACAUGAGCAUGGGCAUGUCCGGCGACCUCGAACUAGCCAUUAAGCACCGAACAACACAGCUCAGAAUUGGGAGCGCUAUUUUUGGCUAG